AUGGAGAAUAGACAGUCGGUGCUCACUUUUGCCGCUGGUUGCUCUAGGCUUCCCCUGUCGGUGUUGCUUCAAGCUCAGAAGGACCUGCUAGAUUACCGUGGAAUCGGGGUUGGUGUUCUGGAAAUGAAUCACAGAUCUCCGGAGUUCACUGAAAUCCUUCAUGCGGCCAAAGCCAAUUUGAGCGAUCUGUUGCAAAUCCCAGAGAACUACAAGAUACUAUUCUUGCAAGGUGGUGGGAGUGGCCAGUUCAGUGCUGUCCCCUUCAACCUUAUUGGACUAAAAGAAGCCAAAUGUGUGGACUUUGUGGUCACUGGAGCCUGGUCUACUGAGGCAGCCAAGGAGGCGGAGAAGUUUGGGAAAGUGAGAAUUGUCAAUCCUGAACAGGACAAGUACACAAAGAUACCUGAUCCCAACAGUUGGGAUGUUAGUCCUGACUCCUCCUACCUUUAUUACUGUGCCAAUGAUUCCAUCAAUGGGGUGGAGUUUCAUUUCAUCCCAGACUGCAAGGAAACUGUUUUGAUCACUGACAUGUCUUCUAACUUCCUUUCCAAGCCCUUGGAUGUCUCCAGGUUUGGUGUGAUAUUUGCUGCUGCCCAGAAAAACCUUGGUUGUGCAGGAGUGACUGUGGUGUUAGUCCGAGAAGAUCUCCUGGGAUUUGCACUCAAUGGGUGUCCACUAGUGUUUGACUAUAAACUGCAAGCAGAUUGCCUUUACAAUACUCCCCCUUGUUACAGUGUUUAUAUCAUGCGCUUGGUCUUGGAUUGGAUAAAGAGUAACGGGGGUCUUGAAGCAAUGGAACAAAACAAUGUUGCUAAAUCGAAGCAGCUCUAUAAUGUGAUUGAGGAUUCCAAUGAAUUCUAUGUAUGCCCUGUUGAUGUGAAGUGCAGAAGCAGAAUGAAUGUAGUUUUCCGGAUUGGUGGUACUAAUGGGAAUGAUGUCCUUGAACAGACUUUCCUUGAUCAAGCAGCUAAAAUGGGAAUGAAUUCAUUGAAGGGACACAGAUUGGUUGGUGGGAUCUGUGCCUCCCUUUACAAUGCUGUGACACUGGAAGAAACACAGAAAUUGGCAAAAUUCAUGAUUUCCUUCAUGAAAGACCAUCACUCAGGAGCUAGUCAUUAA